CAUUAGAAACUGUGCCUGAUUUGUGGCCAGUGUUGGAGAUGUAAGAAACAGGAGGAAAACACACAAAGCUGGUAGCUAUGGAGAUAGAACGUUUUCCUGGCCGCUUCCUUUGACAGGUGUUGAGUUGCUUCAAAGUCUUAAAACAGAGUCCACCAUGUACGCCAAAGGGAAAGGAGCUGUCGUCCCAUCUGAUAGUCAAGCAAGAGAGAAAUUAGCUUUAUACGUUUAUGAGUACUUGCUUCAUGUGGGGGCCCAAAAAUCUGCACAGACCUUCCUAUCUGAGAUCCGAUGGGAGAAGAACAUUACACUAGGGGAGCCCCCUGGAUUCCUGCAUUCAUGGUGGUGUGUAUUCUGGGAUUUGUACUGUGCCGCUCCAGACCGCCGUGAGACCUGCGAGCACUCCAGUGAGGCCAAGGCCUUUCAUGACUAUAGUGCAGCAGCAGCCCCCAGCCCUGUAAUGGGCAACAUGCCCCCCAACGACGGCAUGCCCGGUGGACCCAUGCCCCCUGGCUUCUUUCAGGGGCCUCCCGGCUCGCAGCCGUCACCACACGCACAGCCUCCCCCACACAAUACCAGCAACCCCAUGAUGGGACCACACGUCCAGCCUUUCAUGUCUCCACGGUACCCAGGUGGACCACGGCCGUCUCUUCGCAUGCCAAAUCAGCCUCCUGUGGGAGUUCCAGGGUCACAGCCACUCCUGCCAAACAGUUUGGACCCAACCAGACCACAAGGACAUCCUAACAUGGGCGGCCCAAUGAGAAUGAAUCCUCCCAGGGGGAUGGGUGGCAUGGGCCCUCAGAACUAUGGUGGUAUGAGGCCUCCUCCCAACUCUCUAGGUGGUCCUGGCAUGCCCGGAAUGAACAUGGGUCCUGGAGGACGCGGCCCCUGGCCAAACCCAAAUGCUAACUCGAUAGCAUACUCCUCCUCGUCUCCUGGCAACUAUGUGGGUCCUCCAGGAGGAGGUGGACCACCAGGAACUCCUAUAAUGCCAAGCCCAGGAGACUCCACAAACUCCAGUGAAAACAUCUACACAAUGAUGAACCCAAUCGGACCAGGAGGCAACAGACCCAAUUUCCCCAUGGGUCCUGGUCCUGAUGGCCCAAUGGGUGGGAUGGGCGGCAUGGAACCCCAUCAUAUGAAUGGAUCGUUAGGAUCUGGUGACAUGGAUGGGUUGCCAAAGAACUCCCCCAACAAUAUGGCAGGCAUGAACAACCCACCUGGCACACCGCGGGAUGACGGAGAGAUGGGGGGCAACUUCCUCAACCCAUUCCAAAGUGAAAGUUAUUCACCCAACAUGACGAUGAGUGUGUGAUUUUUCGUCUUUUUUAUUUUUUAUUUGGGGUUUUCUUUUUGUUUGGUUUUCAAACCUCUUUGAUCCCUGUUCCUUUUUUAACCCUGCCCCGUUCACAUCUACCAAUCCUGGCACCAUCUGCCCACGGACCUCUGGCUUGGCCACACAGCCCUCUGGGAUACCCCCUGAGCACCGGACUCGUAUGAAGGUGGCCCAUCCCAGCCUGUGCAAAAUGGCCGCCGGCAACAGGAAACAGCCCCAGAGCCACAGGAAGAGUUUGUUGACUGAUUCUCCCUGCCUUCCGGACUUUCUCUCUGGCUCAGGACAUUGAUGGGGCUGAACACACACAGACAGGGUGUAUGUGUGUGUGAGCAGCUUCAACAUGGCAGACAUUGUAUCACCAGGCUGCUCACAUUUUGUGUACUCCACUUUUUAAUUAGGAUUUUUUUUUUUUCUUUUAUUCAAAGUAUGCAGUAGUUUUUACAGUGGAAAAUAUCUGCACCCAAUACUUAUAUCCUCCAUUUUAUUGUGUACAUUUGAAAUGCAAGUGGAAACUCAUGAUAAUGGGUUUGGCAAUGAACGUUUUCAUUAUUCUGUGUAUGUAUUGUAUUAUUAUCAAUUGUAAUAUUGUAAUGAUGGUUAUUGAUUAGGUUUUAAUUGUUUUGGAAUUGUUUAAGGGUACAUUGUAUGUAUACCUUGCAUUCAGAAUAAGCACACUCACCCAUAAUGCACAAUAACUGUGUCAAGACUUUUGCAGUAAGUCUAUGAUAUGUUUUGUGUUUGCUGUGAAAUAUUACCUCCCGCAGAUUUAGGUCUUAUUGCCAUACCUUUCAGAACACCUAUUUAGAAUACAGCUGUAUGAAGAGCAGUCACCGGAGACAUAGUUUCAUUGUCCCUUGGACUCAGCUCAGAGUGCGUCUUAAACGUAUAAGGGGCCACUGACACCGAAUGCUUUUUUUUGUUUGUUUUUUUGUUUUGUUUUUUUAUACUUUUUCUCUGCAUUGGUUUCUACAUAAACAUGCGCUAGACAGACAUCUUUGACCAUGGUGCCACGUCUCGCUGUUUUUUGUUUUUCAGUGUCUCGCGAAGGAGCGCCACGUUUACGCGGCAAGUUUAAAAGAACUGAAACUUUUAAAAACGCGUCUCAAGACACCUGAGUUCUGUUCUCUUCGUUGAGCUGUGUCUUUAUUUUUUUUAGUACAAGAAUGCUUUGCGUUCGUCAACACUAUUUUUUUUUGUUUUGUUCUGAUAUUUAAACGUGUUAUAUGGACAUCUUUGACCAUUACUUCUCAUAACGUCUCGUUUUUAAAAAUUUUUUAAAAAUAUUUUUUAUAGCAUCUCGCGCAGGAGCACAGCAUUCUUUAGAAUCGUUGUCAAGUUUAGCGCAAGAAUGCUUUGUGUUUGUUUGUGCUAUUUUUCUUGUAUUGUUCUAAUAUGUAAACAUGCGCUACAUGGACAUUUUUGACCAUCAAGAGUCAAGUUUAAAAGAACAGAUAUCUUUGACCAUUGCGCUGCUCUCGCUGUUUUUUCAGCAUCUCGCACAGGAGCACAGCAUUCUUUAGAAUCAGUGUCACAUUUAAAGAACUUUUAAAAACGCUUCUUGAGACAUCUGAGUUCUGUUCUAUUCGUUGCCCUGCAUCUAGCUUUUUUAGCACAAGAAUGCUUUGUGUCACACUGCGCUAUUUUUAUUGUUUUGUUCUUAUAUGUAAAGAUGCACUACAUGGACAUCUUUAAGCGUUGCGCCGCAUCUCACGCUAGAACAGCAUGUUUUUUAGAGGCCAUGUCAAAUCUCGAGAGACCCGUGUUCUUUUUUUAGUCCCUGUGCUGCAUCUAGCUUUCUGUAGCGCAAGAACGUGUUCGGUCUAAAGAGCCCCUAAGGUGAGGAAAGAGAGUCAUCAGACAGAAACCAGCAUUGAAUAUGACCACUCUGACCAGACAGUGUUUCAGAUAUCGAGUUUUAUCCUGGGCUGAAAUCUCAAGUUAUAUGUAGAGAGUUAGUGAUGUCAUCCCAGGGCUGAAAACAUUGAAGAAACUGUUAUUCUAUCUUGGUACAUGUUGGUUAUACAUCUAAUUAGUGCAAAACGUAACUCAAAGACUAUGUAUGAGAGACGACUGCUCAUACAGUAUCAUUUCAGGACAUGCCGUGAAUUUAAACGUAUUUAUUUGUUUUCUUUUUAGUUAAUUAAUAGGUUUAUCGUGCACAUGUCUUGCAUGCAGCCCUUCUGGACAUAUUGUACACAUGUAAAUAUGCCGGUCUAAGAUACCUCCUAAAGAUUUGUAUGGUUCUGUCCCUGCCCUCUGGCUUCACUUACUACCCUCAUACUUUCCUUAUGCUUGUUUUUAAACUUGUUGACCUUUGAAACAGUCACGUGUUGUUUCAGUACUGACGAGGUACCUAUUGGCUGGGUACUCUUUGAAGGUAAAGAGAGAGGGGUUUUUCUUCUUAAAAACAGUAAUGCCAGCCAACAUGUCGUACUAGCCUAAGCUCAGAAAAGGGUCUGGUGUUAAUAGACGUGGUGAUCAGUUUCCAGGUCAAAUUGGUUAUUUUAACAGCAGUGUGUAAUUUAUGUGCCACUUGUGGCACCAAAUGGAAUUGCAAUCUGCAUGUUUGAGUGACAUGAUAUAGCAAUAUAAACUGAGGUGGAACUGCCUUUUUGGCCAGACAAAGAAAGACUGGAAGAGGUUUGAAAACAUGUUAUUUUUGCAAUUCUGUUUGGUGCUUCAGAAAUGUCACUGCACUGUGACCUGAAAUCUGAUCGCCAUUUCCAUUAACAUUGGACCAUUUUCUGAGCUUAUGGUUUUAGGGGUCACUUAUAUGACGUGACCAUCAGGAAGUACUGAGGAAUAUAUUAUCUGUAAGUAAUUGGGCAUUGCCUCAUAUCAUCAGCACAUGCAGUUUCAUUUAAGAUGUCUUCGUUCUUCCAUGUUUUUUGGGUUUGAUAUUUGUUGUGUAUUUUAAACAAAAUGUGAUUUUUGAAUUAUCAGUGGGUCUCAGUGUGAAAUAGUUUUUAAAGGCAUAGUUCACCCAAAAAUCAUUCAAACACCCUCAUUUUGUUCCAAACCUUUGCAACUUUCUUCCAUGGAACACAAAAGAAGAUUUUAGGCCGUAUGUAAGGGACUGACAGCCUCACUUCCUAUUCACUUUCAUUGUAUGGGGGAAAAAAUGCAGUGAAAGUGAAUUGAUGAGACUGUAAGUCCUUAAUUCUGCCUAAUAUUUUUAUGAUCCGUAGAAGAGAGAAAGUCCUAGAGAUUUAGUAGAACAUUUUAAUUUUUCAGAUGAUCUAACUAUCUGAGGGUAAAAAGGAAUAAGUAAAUAUCAGCUAAAUACUAUGACCCUCCUGCUGAUGAUAGACAUACACUAUUUCAGUCUCCCUUUAAUUUCUCGCUGCCUUUCUCUCUAACACACACACAAUAAUCAAAUAGAACCUGAUUUUAAGUUCUCCUCGGCUCCAGGACAUGAUGUACACAGACAAACACAUUUAUGUCGUGUCUAUCUUAUUUGAUUACUUAAUUUGUUUCUUGUAAAUACUGUAAAAUGCAUUUUGAUAUCAUUGACAUGUUUUGAUAUUUCAGUAACUACCAAUGACAACAAAUCUUGGGGAAAAAAAUGUAAAGGAAGAACCCAUCUUUGUAGUUAAAGAGUCACCAUUCUCUGUCUUUUGACUCUCCACUGUACAGAUGUACUAAAUUAAUCAUGCAAAUGUAAAGAUUUUGUCAGCCUUUACUUAGUAAAAGACUUAUGAGAGCUCAUGUUUGAGAGAACAAGAAAGAUCAGAUGUUUGAACUGGUCAUAUGUUCGGCAUAACCAAGCGCACCUCAUAAACCAGAAUCAUGUGUUGGACACAUGCGGAGGGCCAAAGCCUCACGAUGCAUUUAGUGUCCUCACUUUGCACUUUGCAGACAGCAGCCCACCUUUUAUCACAUUGCCUAUAUGGAUAUACAUGAACAUUAGGAGUUGUCUCUUUACAUACAAAAGGGACCACACAUCACAAACUUUACUAUGAAGAAUUUUUAUCAAUUUAAAGUAAAAGACACAAAAAAAAAAAUGUUUAAAAAAUACCGGAGUAUGGAUAAAAAAGUAAUAAAGUGGAGGGAGCUAUCCUUCCUGUUAUCUUGAUAUAGUGUUUUAUAGGUUGCAGUCUCUCCUUGGCCAGUCCUCUGUAUGUAAACCACUCAUGUUGUUGGCCAUCUCUGUAAUUCUAUUGUGACGCUGUACGAUACUGUAACAUUAGGCGGGAGUUGAGGUGCGGAGAGGCUUUAAAAGUGGGAAUGAAAAAAUUCUCCACAGUUCAUUGUUCUUUCUGACAAACGAAAAGCAGUAUUGAGGAUAAAGCAGUCUGUCUCUUGGGUUUGCUUUGUAUUUCAUGUUUAGGGUAGUUUGGAUCCUUGUCUUAGGGACACUUUCUGUCUUGUGUAGUAAAUUAAAACGUUCUUUGUAUGUUUCUUUAUAUUGUAAAGAUUCUUUUAGGUUUAAAAGUUGUUUAUUAAAAAAAAGGAUGGAAAAGUGCAUCAAUAAUGUAGUUGUUGCUUAAUUUUUUGCUUGUCCCUUCGUUGUAGAUACAGAUUUAAGACUAAUAAAAUAACAUAACCUCUUUUACCAAGACUUUCUGCUCCCCAAGUUCUUAAUUUAUUAAA